GCUCACCUCAGAAACAGUGCUGCCAUGCUGUCGCACUCCAGCUCUGCAAAUCUAGGGGGUCGGAGCCGUCUGCCGCGCAGAUCUCUCUAUCGCUCGCCCCUACAAUGAAGCAGCAAUGAGGCUGCCUUUGGUGAAGGUCUUCGGCAAGUAAGUAAGACGGAAGCCAACACGCACACAUAACCAGAGUCAAACACGGUGCGUGCUUGCAGGCCGAAUUGUUGCGUGUGCGACACGGCUGACUUCCUGCUGAGGCGGAUCCAGCUGACGCUGCCGUUUCGCCUGGAGAAGGUGGACAUCACCAAAGAGGCCAGCUUGUAUGAGCGGUACAAGGAGGCCAUUCCUGUGAUUGUGGUGGAUGGCGUAGAGGCCAGCAGACUCAAGAUAGACAGCAAGGCGCUGAGGAGACGACUGACUGAAGCAACAGCAGCAGCUGGUGCUGGUGGUGGUGGUGGACCUGGUGGUGGAAUGACAGAGUCGUGAUGUUAUGUGUGUGGCAGUCAAUGACUGAUUUAGUUGUACACGCUGUGGCAGUCUCUCUCUGUCCGUCCAUCAGCCAUCCGACCAUGCACAGACACACAGAGAGGGG